GCAGUCCUGAGGAAGAAGUGUCUGUGUCUUUAGAAGUGUGAAUCGACAGGCGUGAGUGCUGCAUUCCUUCACGCACCCACCAUACACUACAACUGUAAUAAAAGACGGUCACAGCCCUAGACAUGGGCUGUCCUGCACUCACACAUGCGAAGCUUUUGAAUUGGCUGCUGUUGCUGCUGUUGACUUUGCUAUGCCCUCCUGCUGCUGCUUAUUUGGAUGAGCCCAAGCCGAGCAGUAGUUUGUUGCCUCCCUAUGAACCUGACCAUGAGGAUGCUGUUGGUUCUUUACAAGAAAAGAGGUUACAAGUUUUCACACUGGACUAUAACUAUGUGCAAAUUCCCUAUGAAGUUACUCUUUGGAUACUUCUUGCUUCUUUUGCAAAAAUAGGUUUCCAUCUCUACCACCGAUUACCAAGACUCAUGCCUGAAAGCUGCAUCCUGAUUGCCAUCGGAGCACUGGUUGGCGCGAUCAUCUUUGGUACCGAUCACAAAUCCCCACCAGUGAUGAACACAAGUAUUUACUUCUUGUAUCUCCUUCCACCUAUUGUCCUGGAAGAGGGCUAUUUCAUGCCAACUCGUCCAUUUUUUGAAAACUUUGGGUCCAUUCUGUGGUGGUCUGUGCUGGGAUCUCUGCUGAACUCAUUUGGGAUUGGCCUCUCCCUCUAUGGUGUGUGCCAGAUUGAAGCCUUUGGCCUGACCGACCUGAACCUGCUGCAGAACCUGCUCUUUGGCAGCAUGAUUUCGGCUGUGGAUCCUGUGGCAGCUCUGGAAGUUUUUGAAGAAGCCUCUGUUAAUGAGCAGCUUUAUAUGAUGAUUUUUGGAGAGUCAUUGUUAAAUGAUGGCAUAACUGUGGUAUUAUAUAACAUCUUCAUCGCCUUCACCCAGAUGCACAGGUAUGAAGAGAUCGAAUCCAUCGACAUCCUUGCUGGCUUUGCUCGCUUCUUCGUGGUGGGGCUGGGUGGUAUGCUGUUUGGCAUUGUCUUUGGAUUUGUUUCGGCACUCAUGACUCGAUUCACCCACAACGUUUCUGCUAUUGAACCUUUGCUGGUCUUCAUGUUCAGCUACCUGUCAUACUUGUCCGCUGAAACCCUUUACAUCUCGGGAAUUUUGGCCAUGACAGCAUGUGCAGUGACUAUGAAGAAAUACGUGGAGGAGAAUGUUUCCCAGAAUUCCUAUACGACAAUAAAAUACUUCAUGAAGAUGCUGAGCAGCGUCAGUGAGACCCUGAUUUUUGUGUUCAUGGGAGUGUCUACAGUGGGGAAAAACCACGAGUGGAACUGGGCCUUCAUUUGCUUCACUCUGCUUUUCUGCCUCAUUUGGCGAGCACUGAGUGUAUUUGCUCUCUUCUAUAUCAGUAACAAGUUCCGAACGUAUCCCUUCACUGUGAAAGACCAACUCAUUAUUUCCUACAGUGGUCUUCGAGGAGCCAGUAGCUUCUCUCUUGCGUUCUUGCUCCCAGUGAACCUCUUUCCAAGGAAAAAUUUGUUCAUUACUGCUACACUUGUAGUUAUAUACUUUACUGUGUUCAUCCAGGGAAUCACAAUUGGACCAUUGGUCAGAUAUCUAGAUGUUAAAAAGACCAACAAAAAGGAGUCCAUCAAUGAAGAAAUUCACAUGAGAUUGAUGGAUCACUUCAAGGCUGGUAUUGAAGACAUAUGUGGACAUUGGAGUCAUUAUCAGCUGAGAGAUAAAUUUAAGAAGUUUGACAAUAAGUAUUUGAAGAAAAUUUUAAUUCGGGAGCAUCAACCCAAAUCCAGCCUUGUGUCAUUAUACAAAAAGAUGGAGAUAAAACUGGCCAUUGAGAUGGCUGAGAAUGCCAUGGAAAUUUCAAAAUCAUCCACAGCUUCUUUACAGAGCUGGAGAAAUCAGUGUGUGCACAGGCUCUCCCCUGCUGAGGUGGAGUCCAUGAGAAAUGUCCUGACACAUAACCUAUACCAAGUGCGACAAAGGGCACCGUCAUACAACCGCCACAACCUGCCCACCAACACCAGCGAGAAGCAAGCCCAGGAAAUCCUCAUCCGUCGGCAGCACAGCCUGAGGCAGAGUUGCAGGAAGGGAAACAGCUUACCUGGGGGUAGACCGGCUAGCACCACGGGCGCACGCUACCUCUCCUUGCCGUGGGGCCACGGCCAGCCCACUUGGCGAAAAGCCAGGCAUGUUACUUUUACAGCACUGCAAGCUGGUAGGAGCAGGUCUGACACACCCAAUGUAAUCAAAGCGCCCUAGAGUCAAACUCCUGGUUUCGGGUGAAACUGUUUUCUUCCCAGUUGUUAACCACAGGUGACUGGUUAUCUUGAUUUUCAGUGGUGCUAGAGUCAUCUUCUUAGUGGGUUUUACAAUGAUUUUCAACUAUGGCACUAGAUAAACGUGUGAUAUUGGUUGAAAGGUACAUAAAGGAGCGAUCUUGCCCUGUGAAGGCAGGAGCUGCUUUGCGAGGUGUGGAAAGAUACCUGAAUGUUCUCUUUCACUGGGGUUUCAGAAUAGAGGCAAAAUCAAUAACAUCUCUUAAACAUCAGCUUUGGUAUGAAAAUAAAGAUCUAGGGUUAUUUUUAGUUCUUGACUGCUCUCUUAUUCUAUAGUAAUUAUUUAAAAUGAUUCCAUUUUAGGCUUUAAAACAGUAAUGCUAUAUAGUGUUGAGUACCUUUCAAUUGUCCUUGCCAAUAUCAUGGUGUUUCUCUUUUCUCUGCGUCAUCGCAUGAAUUCUUUGUCUUUUUCCUUCAGAUCACCCCAGAAGCAACUCUGAGGGUGGCAUCCCGGUAAGGUUCAGACCCCAGCCCCGGCUACGGCCGCUCGAAGCAAAGCACCGCCAGGAGGAGCUGAUUCCAAUGGCACGCUUAGACAGACGUGU